GAAAUGGCUAUUCAAAAAAUUGUUUGGAAUGAGAAACUAAUAAAUUUUUGGGAUAAAAGUCACAUAUCUCUAGACUUCAAUAUUUAUAAAACCAUUAGUCAACAAGAAGAAUAUCGAAAAAAUAUGAUUAGAAAUGAUUCAUCUCUUACAGAAAAUGAAAAGAAAUUUUUACUAGAUGAAUUUGCAGAAAAAAAUAAUUUUAGAAAUUGGAGAUCUGGAAAUGAAGAAAUUGACAAAUUAAUUCAAGAAUGUCAACAAAAAACUGUUUCACCCCAACAUGUCAUUGAAUGGAUUGAUUAUGAUCAAUUUGAGAAUAUAGAUUAUUUAACGGAAGGAGGAUGUGCUACUAUUUAUACAGCAAUAUGGAAAGUUGGACGCUAUUAUAAAUGGAAUUCGGAAAAACAAAUAUUAGAAAGAUUUGGAAGACGAAAGGUUAUUCUUAAAAGAUUAAAUAAUUCAAAUAACAAUAAUAUACAUUGGUUUCAAGAAGUAACUUUAAAUUUUACACUUGAUAAUACUUUUCAAUUACUUGCUGCAUGUCGUGGAUUAACUUAA